AGAAGAAGACGCAGAAGAAGGGGCCGUCCUCUCCGCUGACAGUCCGCCAUGCUCACCCUGCUGCAGCACUGUGGCCGCAAUUUACUGACACUCAGGACAGUUCAGACAGUAAAUAAAAGUUACUACACAACACAGAUGGGUAAGCGCGUUGCCGUGGUGUUGUCGGGCUGCGGAGUCUAUGAUGGCAGCGAAAUCCACGAGGCCUCCGCUGUUUUGGUUCACCUGAGCAGAGGAGGUGCAAGUGUAAACAUGUUUGCCCCUAACAAUGACCAGAUGCAUGUGGUCAAUCACCUGAAAGGCGAACCAUCUGAGGAGAAGAGAAACGUGUUGGUGGAGAGCGCGAGGCUAGCCCGUGGAAACAUCCAGGACCUGUCUAAACUCAGUGUCAAAGACCAUGACGCUGUUAUAUUCCCAGGUGGCUUUGGGGCAGCGAAGAACCUCUGUACAUGGGCCGUGCAGGGGAAGGACUGCUCCGUUAAUGAUGAGGUUAAGGCCGUGCUGCAGGCGUUCCACGGUGAAGGUAAACCCAUCGGCCUCUGCUGCAUCUCACCUGUUCUGGCUGCUAAGGUUUUUCCUGGCUGUGAGGUCACCGUCGGCAUCGAGAAGGAUGACAAGUACCCCGACACUACAGACACCGCCUCCGCCAUCAACCAGUUGGGCUGCAAGCACGUGUCUAAGAGUGUCAACGAGAGCCACGUGGACGAGAAGAACAAGCUGGUCACCACCUCUGCCUUCAUGUGCAAUGCUCCAAUACACGAGAUAUUUGAUGGAAUCGGAGUGAUGGUGCAGGACGUGCUGAAACUUGCUUGAUUCUAUGAAUACUUAAAAGAUGGUGAAAUGAUGUUACAGUAACUCCUUGAUCAAAAGCACUUCCAGAUACUCAUAAAAUAUACAUGUUUGAGUAGUAAUGUGUCCAGCAUGGUGUAAUUUAUUUAGCAAAAAUCUCUAAACUCUCAUGACGGCAGUGUUGAUCACAUUUGCAAUAAAAUGAAACAGUUCA